UCCUGACAAGUUUAUUAAAUUAACAGUUUUCACUUGAUUUGAGAUUAAAAAGUGACUUUAAUGACAAGAAAAAUUGAGUUCAUUCCAUAUGUUUGCCUUAACAUCCUGAAAUCUGUCGCCAAAAAAUAUCCCAUGUUUGCACUGCUACAAAAUUCCAGCCUACACAAAGUGUCGAUCUUGCAAUUAUUAAGUUCUCGAUUUUAAGCCGAGGUUUUUCUUUUAAUUUUAGAAUGAAUCACCAUGUAUUGGAGGUCCCUCAAACAUGUCGAACAUAUAUUUCAGAUGCACAGUUUCUACGCCAUCCUAGGAAAAUCGUUUGACCAAUGAGAGAGAGUAUUUUUGCAAUCUUUAUAAAGUCCCAAAAUUGAAACGAGUAUUUCUGCCCUAAGAUGCUGGCCCCUCCCAAAAUACGAUCUCAGAGUCGGAAGAGGAUUGUGAUUGAAAUGGACAGUGGAAAGUCUAGUUCUCCCCUCAGUCGAAACGAAGCGGACGAAGAGAUGGAAGUAGGCGACUGCUCUGAGGAAGCCGAAGAAGAGGAGGAUGAAGACGAGGAGAAUGAAGAGCAAAACGAGAACGAAAAUGAGGAGGAAGACGAGGAUGUUGUAAUGGCAGAGAGCUCAGCACCUCCACCCUCUGAGCCCACUUCAUCACCACCUGUAACAUACGAAGGGCUAGCUUCCCCUCUCCGCCUUCAUAUCACAUCAAGUGGCAAACCUCUUAGUCUUCACCGUGGUCGGGGUCGCCCGCGAAAAGAUGCCAGUUCUGCCGCAAACUCAGGGAAACCCAAAAAAUUGGGGCUUAAAUUAAAACGGUGGAAAAGUGGAAUGUAUGUACAAUCCCGGGAACCACCUUCACGGAGAGAUUCGAGUGAUACACUAAACACCUCUGUAGAUUCUUGUCAGUCCGAUUUAACACCUGAUGGAGUUGAGUCGUCCAUUACUGAUGAAAAGCCUGACAAAACUCCGAUUGAUGACAGAAUCACUCUAUUUCAAGAACAGUGGCCUGGGAAAGUUUGUGCCCUUUGUAAUUUGGGCGAACGAAGUCAACUUGGUCAAGGUGAACUGAUGCGGCUCAGCGUUCCUGAAGGUUUUGUGAUCCCACAGAAAGAUCCAUCAAAAACAACUAAUGGGUUCAUGUCUCCUCCCUCCGAUCUCUCAGAUGCAGCCCCGUUUUCGCAGCAUGGUGACAAAUCCCCUAGAUCAACCAAUCCGGCUGUUACAUUUAGGAGACAGAAAAGUUGGGCAAAAUCAAAAAAUACAUCCUUGAAAAACCAGUUCGAACCUGUAGAUGAGCUUAGUGUUGUUGGGUACAAUGAUGAAAUAGAUCCAGCAACUCUGUUUGAUUCAGGUGUUUUCUAUGUGCAUCAGUCGUGCGCCUUGUGGUCAGAAGGUGUUACCAGGAAUGCAGAUCUUCAGUUAGAGAAUGUUGCUAGCGCACUCGUCUCGAGUGCCAAUAGAAAAUGUAAUGGAUGUCUGCAUUAUGGUGCUUCUGUUGCCUGUAGUUUUACAAAUUGUUUCAAAUUUUUUCAUUUUCCUUGUGCAAUAGCAGCUGGUGGAUUCCUCCAAACUAAAACUUUAACACUUGUUUGUAACUUACAUUUAGACCAAGUGCCAUUAUUAUCCAACGUUGAAGUAACUUGCGGGACUUGCUACUCUUUGGGUGAUGUAUCAAACUUAUUAAUGUGUACAGUGUGCGGCAAUCACUAUCAUGGUCUCUGCGUCGGGCUGGCUUUACAACCUGGCACUCGAGCUGGUUGGCAGUGUUCAGAAUGUCGAGUUUGUCAAGUUUGCCGACAACCAGAAGAAUCUACAAAAGCAAUGUUCUGUGAAACAUGUGAUAAAGCUUACCAUCCAACAUGUCUGCGGCCUAUAGUAACGUCUAUUCCUAAAUUCGGGUGGAAGUGUAAAGCUUGCCGUCUAUGCAGUGAUUGUGGUUCAAGAACUCCUGGUGGUGGCCAGUCAUCAAGGUGGCAUGCCCAUUACACCGUUUGUGAUUCAUGCUAUCAACAGCGCAACAAAGGGUUCUCUUGUCCGCUUUGUCGUAGAGCGUAUCGUGCAGCAGCUGUUAGGGAAAUGGUGCAAUGUUCCAAGUGUCACAAAUUUGUACAUGGCACUUGUGAUGCUGAUGCUGAUUUAAAAGCUCAUCAACUAAGGAAGGAUGCCAAUCCGGACUACGAGUACACGUGCCCCAACUGUAAGAAUGGACAAAUAUCAGCAAAACGAAACAGCAUCGAAGAUUCCAUGAUAGACUCAAAUUUAAGUGCUUCCCAAGAGUCCUUGUAUUUGAAUGAAGAUGAAUAUGAGUUUGUCUAUGAUAAGAAUGGCAGGGACUCGGACGACUUUCGUGGAGGCUCAGCUGCAGUUGGUCUAGGGAAAGGCAAGCCGUACUGUGCUAGUAAACUUUCUAAGAAAAAACUGGGGUAUAUUGCAAUGGGUGGCGGUGGAGGAUUGAAACCAAAAGGAAUCGGCAAAAUGACAUCUAUUAUGGCUGCUGUAACAUCAUCUUUGCAGAAGAAAAAUCAAAGGUUGGACUUCCGAAGCAAGCGAGGUCCGAAAGCUAAAAUGCGGGGCAUUUUUGGUGUGCCAGGUGUCGGGCUCCAAAGGCCGAGUGCUGAUGCAAAUCAGAAUAAAUCGGAGGACGAUCCUCUCGGUGAAAAUCGCCUUGUUCUCUGCUCUGCAAAGGACAAGUUUGUUUUAACGCAGGAUGUUUGUGUGAUGUGCGGAGCUCUAGGAACUGAUCAAGAAGGCUGUCUCAUUGCUUGCGCUCAGUGCGGUCAAUGUUAUCAUCCGUAUUGUCUGAAUGUCAAGGUAACAAAAACAAUUCUGACAAAGGGAUGGCGGUGCCUGGACUGCACGGUUUGCGAAGGCUGUGGUCAACGCAACGAUGAAGCACGCCUUAUCCUGUGCGAUGAUUGUGAUAUUUCUUACCACAUUUACUGCAUGGACCCUCCAUUAGAUUAUGUUCCUCGUGGAACGUGGAAGUGCAAGUGGUGUGCCCAGUGUCUCACAUGUGGAGCCACCGAUCCCGGUUUCAAUUGCAUGUGGCUGCGAAAUUACACUGAGUGUGGGCCUUGUGCUUCGCGGACGUGCUGCCCGUCAUGCUUCGAUUCGUAUUGUGAUGAUCAACUGAUUAUUAAAUGUUCUCAAUGUGAACGGUGGCUUCAUGCUAGCUGUGAUAGAAUAAAUACAGAACAGGAGGCGGAAAUGUGUUCAUUAGCAGGUUACAAUUGUAUUCUGUGUCGUCCUCGUGAUGUGCCUCCUCCUCACCUCGUACCAAAGCCCAAAUUACCGGAAAAGAAACCGGCUAAACCUAGACCUCCAACUCCAGUCAAAAGUCCAGAUCCAGUAGUUGUAGAAACCCAGCAAGAAUUUUUUGUGGAUGGUGUUUGUCUAUCAAAAUCUGGGUUAGAUCAAAUGCAAUCUCAUUCUCUGAUGGACCAAAGUCUUCUACCCCCUCAACGAAAGAAAAGAGCGUUGCCCAAAAAAUUAUCUGAGAAAGAUGCCAGUAUUUUUGCAACAAUUGAGUCAGUCGUUUCUGGUGGAAAACCCAGUGAUAUAGCAGCAAUGUUGGCAAACAAGAUGGAUGUGGAUGAAAGUCCGAACAAAGAAACUCCGACGGAAAUCUACAAAGAAGGAAUGGUUGUUCAACCUGGGCCUGAUGGCAAGCCUCCUGAGCCACCUGAAGGGUUCACAAUUUUCACGACUGAAGCUGGCGUUAUGGUGCUGCGGCGUAAAAGAGUCAGAAAUUUACAAAGGCUAGGCAUUGGCGGCUUCAAUGCACGUGUUCGCAACAACAGGUAUCACAAAGAUCAACAAAAAGAUAUCGAUGAAUCUUCAACAGGAGACUUUAAUUUGUCUCUCACUGACGCAGAUGCAACACCUGUCGCCACCCCAACAACUCCAGAAGCAACCGAUGUUAACUCUUUGGGAGAUAAACCUAAAAGGAAACCCCAAAGAAGAAAAUUAAAGAGUAAACUUGCUGAAAAUUUUCCCUCUUAUUUACAGGAGGCUUUUUUUGGAAAAGAUCUAUUAGAUACUAGUAAGGAGACACCUGGCGAGUUAGAAAGCAGCAGCAGUGAGUCGGAAGAAGACACAGUUAAAGUCACCCAUGAUAUCACACUAUCUCAGGAGGAGUUGAAAAUUUUGGAAGAGGCCAAAGAAAAGCAUGAGAAGGAAUUGCAGGAAAAACUGGAGAAACAAAGACAGAAAGAAAAAGAAGAAAAAGAAAGUAUGAACGAAGCAGCGAUCAAGAAAGAGAAGGGAGAAGAUGGAAUCAGUUUGAACGACAGUCAGACCAAGCCUGAAGAUGGGGUGGAUGAUGAAGAAGACGACGAAGAGUCUUUGAAAGAUAUGUUGCCGUUUGGAAAUCUGCUGGACAACGACAUUGUUAACAUGAUGAAUGAAGACGGUGUCAAACCAGAUACAACAGGUUCUGAUGGUGAAGAAACUCCUUCCCAAUCCAACUCGGGUUCCAAAGAUGAAUUGACGGACAUUUUCAAUUCUCACUUCAACCUCGACUCGAUUGUGCGGGAAACCGGUUUACCAAAUAUGGACUCCAAAGAUGUUGAAGAGAUCUUCAAAGAUGUGCUCACAGAUGAAGUCGUGGCCAGUGUUGAAAAUGCUAAUUUGCCUGCCAACCCCAACCAAGCCACGAACCCAGUCAAUGUCUUCUCUGUCACAAACCAACACCAGCCAAACAUGAAUAUUAUUCAAGGACCUCAACCAAUUAUGUCGCCUUCCUCUAAUCACCCUGCCCUGCAUCAAGCCGUUAGUCUACCCAGAUCUCAAAUCCCUGCAGCUCUACCUCCUGUUGUGCAUUCAAAUUUGCCCUCACCUCUCGGAUACCCCUCAGCAUCACCAUAUCAUUCUGAAUAUAGCAACAGCCCUCAAUUCAGUCCAGCCUCGCCCUGGCUGGGAAGUGAUGAAGGCGAUAGUUGUUCCACUACUCAGCCUGCGGGUUCAACAUCUAAUCAGCGAUCUUCCCACCGUAUGGAACAGGAUGAGAAACUUGGGCGGAAUGCAACAAUGGCCUCUGUCUUAUAUGCCAAUCUCAACCACCCUGAAUGGAUCAAACAAUAUCCAGCCUGGUCUGAGCGCUACAAACAAAUUCAAAAAGUCUGGCGGGCCCUUCCUGCCGAGAAGAAAACAUCAUAUGUUAGUCAAGCGCGAGAAAAUAGAACCAGUAUGCGAGUGAAGAAGUCACAGCAGAUUCCGAAAACGGAGACGACAACAAAUAACACAGGAACAAAUGUAAGCUUAGCAUCGAUGUCGAAUGUGAUGAGAAACGAUGCCACAAAAAUGAUGCCUGUUUCAUCAUCUUCCUCAUCAUCAUCAUCGUCAGCUUCCGGAGAGGAACAAGAUAAGUUGAUUGCAAGCCAAAAAACCAAAGAAGCCGAGCAAGAGAGACAAUGGAAGCAGCUCCAAGCUCUUCGACAACAACAGCAGUCAUCUCAAGAUCAGCGAAACCAAGGAUUACAAAGGGUUGUUCAUCGACCCCUUGGAAUUGAUGCCAGUAGUAACCUAAUUCAGUUCCAGCAACCACCACAACCUAGUCCAGAUGCAAUGGUCUCACCGCAGCUAACCUCUCAACUUCAAGUGGCUACCAAUCAGGACGCUGGUCAUCAUCCAUCGCUCACCUCUCCCAACAUGAUGCAGCAGCAACGUUCUCCCUAUGCACCACCGCAAUCUCCACAAAUGACAAAGCGUGUUGUCAGCCCUCAGCAAUCACCAUCUGCGUUUCAAGGAACGUUUCCACGUCCUCCAGCUGUUUCUGCGUCUCAAGAUGAUAUUUUCAGCCCACCUGCAGCUCCAGUCCGCGCUCCCUCUUCGGAGAUGUUCAAUCAGAACCCUGUAGUGUCUCUUCCCUCCGGACAGUUCAAGCAGCCGUUUCAAAAUACAGUGUUCAGUACAGCGUCAGCACCACUUCAGCAUACUAAUGGUCAGAAUGUCAACCAACAGCUCCAUGACCUUCUGCAGCGACAACAGCAAUUCAAGAAGAUUGAUUCUUCUUCGAACAUCAUCGACUCAAACAUUAUGCAACAAAGCGUUUGGGGGCAAGACAAUCAAGGUCAACAACAAGUGCAACAAACUCAACAACAGCCGCAACAUCAACAGCAGCAACCACAACAACAAAACAUCAUCUCCGGUAUAGAAGCACAAAAAUCCCAACUAGAACAGAUCACUGUUUCUGGUGUGAACACCAUGUACUCACAGCCUUUCCGACAACCUUUACCUCCGGGCACUGUUAUCAAUCGACCUGUUAUGCAGCAGCAGCGGUUAUUGACACCGCAGCAGCAGCAGUUACUCAUGCAAAGAUCUCCGCUCUUGCAGCAGCAGCGAAUACUGGAUCCACGUCUCCAGCGAACCAUAGGAUUCCCUGCGCAGCAACAGCAGACCAUAAACAUCAAUCAGCUGGCUAAUGCCGCGAGGCUAAAUAAUCCGCAAAACGUUCUUCGCGCUCCUGUUGAUUCUUAUCCGGUCACUCAGUUGAAUCAGCAUCAACAAGCUGUGCAAUUUAAUGACCCCAACAAUCCUAACCUUAUGAUCCGCAAACCCGGAGAAAAUGCAGGCGACAGGAAUUUAGUGUCUCAGAGCGGACCUAACAAUCAAAUCCUCAGCCAUCCGUCUAGUAAUCAAUCCCAUGAAACAAGUGAAAUUCCGGACAGCGUGACUGCAGAACUGGAAAAGGAGCGGGAAGAAGGUGUUGGACAAAGUAGUACCGUGACAGGUAUGACAGAAGCAGAGGCAGUCAGUGCAAUCUUAAAUGAUCUCGUAGAGGAUGAUGACGAGCUCCUUGCGGAGAUGGGCGGAGAUGACUUCAACAUCCUGGAAUAUGCGGAUCCUGAGCUUGACAGUUUAACUGGGUGUGAGAAAGCAAACAUCUUAGAUGAAAUUGAAGCUGAUGAACAACAUAAAACAGAUAAAAGGAACUCAGCAAGGGAUCCAAUGGAGUCGGACAAAGAAAUGGGACAGAUCGAUGCUCUGAAACCAAAUUCAUCGGAAAUGGUGAACGACCCCUCAGCCCUCGGAAAUCAGGAUGACAAACCUUUGGCCACGGUUGGCAGCGACAAUUCCAAUUCAUUUCCUAGUCAGUCGCAGCAAUCACCGAUGGACCCAUCUAGUCAGCAACAACAGCCACAGCAGCAGCCGCAACAGCAACAGCAGCAACCAAGUUUACUCCAGCAACCGCAACUUGUGGGUCAGCAGCAACAGUUGCCCCAGACCCACCAGCAGGUGCCACAAAAUCAGCAGAAUGCCCCAUCGCUGUUGCCGAUUGUCAAAGCCUCUGGAAAUGUGUCUGUAAGUUAUCCUGGUGUCUUCCCGACCUCAAACAUGAACCAGCAGUCAGCUGGGCCCAGGCUUCAGCAAAUAUCUGCAUUGACAGCUGCACAGCAGCAACAAAGGCACCUAGCAAUACAGCGGUUACAACAAAGUGGUAGAGCUGUGACAGCAAAUGGACAAAUAGUUACCAGCAACGGUCAAAUACUGACUGCCGCUGGAGGACAGCUAGUGGCUGCUCGGCAGUUAGCUCCUCCUCCGUCACUUCCGCCCCCUCCGUAUCCAGGACCUCCGCCUCCGUACCCGGGUGCAAUUCAACCUCAGCAACCGCAGCUCCCGCAACAGAUUCCAGGGGUGAGAACUGUAGCACCUCAAAACAUGAUGCAACCACCCCAAAGAAGGCCUCUGUUGCUACAGGUAAGAAGUACUCAGGAGCAGCCCUUGCUUCUGGAGGAACUACUAGAACAAGAAAAGCGGGAACAAGAGAAACAGCAAGGAAACCCUAACGCUGUUGCAGCUGUCUCCGUUGCCUCUUCCUCGUCUCCUUUGUUGAGCGAUGCAGAUUUCGAACGAUUGCGGGCUGAUGUCCUCAGUUCGGUUGCCAACACAGUGUCAUCUUCACCCCCUCGUGUUAUGAAUGCUCAAGGAAUGUUACCUACACCUAGCCUAACUCCGGCGCCUGUUGGUGCCAAUAUGCAAGGAGCUAUGCAAACAAACCUUCAAGGUAACAUCCAAGGGAAUUUACAAGGAAGUAUACAAGGGAAUCUGCAAGGAAGUAUGCAAGGAAAUCUGCAAGGGAAUAUCCAAACUAAUAUUCAAACGGGUGGAAAUCUUAGACCACCCUUUCCGAGGCCCCAGUGGCCGGCUCAGCAAACUCCUCAGCAACCUCAUCUCAUUCGUCAACCUCAACCUUCCGUGCCUUCUGAACCUCCUCGAGUGCCUUCAUUCAAUGCACCUGUUUUGACUGCACCACCUGUUCCCCCUGAUGUAAUUGUCACUGACCAAGAUAGACAAGCACAAAUUCUGUACGAACGGUGGCUGAAUGAGCAAAAUAAUAUUUACACUCAGCAACAGAAGUAUUAUGAUACUGAAGUGCAGAAACUCCGCAAGAAGAAGAAGUCUCUAAGCAGUAAGCAGCGGCAAUGUCAGAAAACUGGCAAUACCCUGUCAGAGCAUGAUGCUCAUGAGUUAGAACGAGUCACCCUUGAACAGCAAGGUCUCCAGAAGCUUCUAGAACAAAGCCGCAAACAAACCAAAACACACACUGCUCUUAUCAAUGAAUACAACAAAAAACAAAGGCCCCCAGUAAACAGUGGAUCUCCGCAGUCACCGUCGGUCAUGAUGUCCCCUGGUGGCACCAGCUUACCUCAAAGCUCCCCAAUGCAGCAGAGCCCUCGCAUUGAUACUCCGCUCUCUCAGGUGAGCGAGGACUUACCAUUCAGUCCUGUUGGAACGCCAAUCCAAAGUCCGUCCUCACAACAGCAGCAACAGCAGCAGCAACAAAUGAGAGUUGUGCAAGCAGGCAUUCGCUCAAAUCUUGUUCCUAAUAGCACUAUCACCCAAGAUCAAUUGAUGAGGCAUCCAGGACUAACAGCAAGGUUUAUUCGUGCACCAGGGGCAGAUUUACGUCCUAGGGCGAAUAUCAUGCCUCCUUUGCAAGGGCCUGAUGGUGUGACUACCCCAGGAGUGUAUCAGACAUCAAAGCCAACAACUGUUGCUGGCACUGGGACUUUCAUAACUGCACAGGGAAUCAGAACUCAGCUUAAUCCUCAGCAACAGCAAGUUCUGCUUCAACGGCAGUUGUUGCAAAGACAACAGCAGCAGCAGCAACAGCAGCAGCAACAACAACAGCAACAACAACAGCAGCAGCAACAACAGCAACAACAACAGCAGCAACAACAACAACAGCAGUCACUGCAGCCAGAUAACCAGUCAAAUGUCCAACAAUCACAAGAUGGACAAGUAGUUCAGCAACAGAUUCAACAGUUGCAGCAACCACAGCAGCCAACGCAGCAGCAGUUGCUGCAACAGCAACAUCAAAGACAGCUUCAAGUUUUACAUCAGCGUAAAGCUUUAGCUCAACAACAAGAACUGCUGAAGCAGCAGUUAGCGGAUCCAAACAUGGCACCACAACAAAGACAGCAGCUGCAGCGUCAACAGCAAGCUUUGUCUUUACAGCAGCAGGAACUGCAGCAGCAGCUAACAAUAUUGCAGACUCAGCAAGUAUUGCUCUUAACGCCUGAGCAAAGAAGAGUACUUGCGCAGAAACUGCCUCUUUACCAACAAAAACAAGCUCAGUUCCAGCAGCUCUUACAAUCAUUGCAACAAGAACUUCAGCAAUUGCAACAACAGCAACAAGCAGGAGGGGGAGAAGCCGUUGACACCAGGAUUCAAACAAUCAGAUCUCAGCAGCUGCAAAUUGUACAGCAGCAACAGCAGCUGCAACAGCAUAUACGAUUAGUUCAAAAUCAAUUGGCUCUCGUUGCUCAGCAACAGAACAAAACAGUCGUUACAGCUGCUGGAGGACAGUUUCGCCAACUCAUUCAGCAACCUCCCGGUCAACAACAGCCUCAGCAACAGACAUUUGUUCAACAGCAGCAGCAAUUUGUUGUUACACAGCAGCAGCAGCAGCCAUCACCAAUGUCCUCUCAGCCUUCACCAAGUCCGAUCCAACAACAGUUGGGGAGGCAAACGCCUACAUCACCCAUGCCUCCUCAAAGUCCGAUGAUGCAACUGCAUCAGGGUCAACAAACUCCCAAUUCUCCUAUUACCAACAACCAAUUCAGUGGCUCACCAUUACAGCAACAACAACCUCAGCAAACCUCUCCGAUGUUACCUCAGAGUCCCAUGCCUUCAGCAACGAAUGUUCAACAAUUCAAUCAGCCAUCAUCAAAUUCACCUUUACAUCAUCCUGCAAGUCCAAUGACCUCAUUUGCGCAGCCUCCGAAAUCGCCGAUGCCCCCUCACAGUCCGCGGGUUCAGCAAUUCGCACAACCCAGCUCACCAAUGACUCCACAGAGCCCCAUGAUUCAACAAUCGCAGCAAAUGAAUCCUUCGCCAGGCCCAAUGAUGCAGCAGUCUCAACAAAUGACACCGUUGAGUCCCAUGAUUCAGCAACAACAGCAAAUGGCUCCUCAAAGUCCAAUGUUACAACAACAGUCACAACAGAUGACUCCCCACAGCCCCAUGCUCCAGCAGUCGCAGCAGGGUCCUAUGGUACAACAGAAUCAGCAAAUGGCUCCACAGAGCCCCAUGAUCCAGCAAAUGACCCCGCAAAGCCCAAUGGUUCAGCCUACACAAAUGGCUCCUCAAAGUCCAAUGGUUCAACAGUCGCCAGGUUCCAUGAUGCAGCAAUCUCAGCAAAUGAGUCAACAAGCAUCUCCAAUAUCUCAAUUUCAGCAACCUAGCUCGCCAAUUACAUCUCAAAGUCCUCGACACGUUCCAAACUCACCAAUGAUGAUAGGAACUCCUCAAAGUCCACUCAUACAACACAAUCAGCUGCAUAGUGCUCUUAUACAGAGGCGCCCGUCAGGAACUCACCUUGUUUCUGGAAACAGCCCAAUAAGUCAAUCUGUUGAUCAAUCAGCAGCUCGCACUCCACCCGAAGCGGGGAACAAUUCAAUGGGUGGUGGAGGUGGAAACCCGCAUAAUCCAACGAACCCAAUCCCAUUCAUUCAAGAAAUGAUGAGUCGUUAUGGAAGUAUUAAACUUGGACUCAGAGGCGGUGGCCCGAUUUGGAACACGGGGAGGCCCAGUCCGAAACGAACCAUCUCAAAUAGCGUACCACCCAAAGAAAACAAAAUCGUUGCUAUUGCAACGACUGCUUCCACAAGUAAUAAUAAAAUAACUGAGACAAAUCCAUCUGAUUCUGACUCAGUGAGUGGUGUAGCUUCCCUCGUUUCACCUGACUACAAUGAAUUUGAUGAUGAUUGUUCAAAAACUCCACCAACGUCAGCCGCAAAGCAGGAUCAAAUUAACUUGAAAGAGGAAAAAAUGUCCAUGUUGCGAAGCAUUCAAAUCGCAAGGAUUGAAACAGCACACGAUCGGAACGAAUCUGCUGAGGAAGAAAAUGCUGAUGAUGUCACUGUCUUUGACAACGUAACCAGGCAAUUUGUACUUGUAAACAAUGACAGCAGUGGCAGAAAUUCCAAUGAAGAAGAGGAGGUUGAAGAUGAAGAGGAAGAAGAAGACGAUGAAAUAAAAUACGAAAUGCAGGAUAACAAUGUCAUGCUGUUGGAUGAUUCAUCGCAAAAUAUCGAAAUUGAGCCAGGGCUCCUGGACGACUGUUUAGUUGCUGGAUCAGAGCUUCUUGUUCUAGAUGUAGAAGGAGAAGGUGUGGAGGGCGUUAUCGAUGAAAGGAAUAUUUUAAUAUUGGAUGAAGAGGAUAUGGAAGAUGAGGAAGAAGAAGAAAAUAUCGAAGAUGAGGAUGAAGAACCUGAUGAUAUGUCUGAUGAUGAGCCAUCUCCUCCUUUUGGUCGUAAACGUUUCAAAGGUAAAGUAAUGCCACAGCAGCUGAUUGAUGUGAAAGACGAAGAGGAGGAAGGCAAAAAUACUGAAUCGGACGGAACUUCCAUUGGCAAAGAUAUCGAAAAUGUAGGCUCUUGUAAAUCUGACAUCGAAAUGGAGGGCAUAGAAUGUGGAUCAGUUGAUGUCAAAGAAGAUCUGUCACAAGCCACAGUUGAAGUUGUCGGAAUAGAAAAAGUUGGUGAUUCGUCCAUCAUAAAAAUUGAAAAUGUAACUGAGCCUAAGGAAGAAAAAAUGGAAGUAAUCGAACAGCCAAAUCCUGAAGUGAUAACUACCUCAGAGUCUAAAAUUCAAGAACGAACCUCUGAACCACAAACUAGUUCUGAAGCUCAAGGCGAUUCUGAGCUAAAUAAGACCAAAGUCUCCUCUGUUUCAUCUGUUAUUUCCAUGGCUCCAGUUGUUACCUCCGUGCCUUCAAUUGCAACUAUAGUUACAUCUUCAACGACAAAUGCUGAAGCAGUUGUUACCACUUCCACCUCUCAACUGAAACCAGUCAUCCAGUCUGUCUCUGCAGCAAAUUCAACAUCCAGCAAUAUAGCUGCCAUUACUGGAACAAGUUUGCCUUUAAAUGAAGUAGCCAAGAAAACUAAUAUACUUGUCUCGAAUGUGAUCAUUUCAUCCUCUAGCCAAGGCACUCCAGCUGCGAACCAAGCCUCAACUUUAAUAUCUGCUCCAAGAAUGUCCAUUCCUCUUUCUUUCGGAUCAUCCGGCAGUUUAGCGACUGGAAAUCGCCCUGUGACGCACUACGUUCUUGCCCAUUCUAAUGCUGGCCCCCAACCUAAUAUACUUAAAUUAGAUUCUAUCAAAGUAGUCACCGCCUCCAGUGCAAGCAGUUUAGAGCAAAUCAAGGCCUCAAUACAGAACCCUUUAAAACUUCAAACUGUCUCCUCUCCUUCUAUUAGUAUUCCAGCAGAAUCAAAAUUGUCCUCUGAAACUUCAACACCUAUACCUCCACGAUCGUCUUCAGAAAUAUCCAGCAGUUCUAGCACUCCAGUGCCGGGAGCCUCCAAAUUGGAAUUACUACUUAACAAAACUGAUACGAACAAUGACUACUUAAAAAUAUCCAAAGAAAUCAAUAACAAAUUAUCACUAGUGAAAGCUGAGCAGCAGAUGAAAUCGGAAAUGAAGCAUCCGAGUACAUUGGCACCCUCAGUUACAGCAGUAACUAGCUCAGUAGUCUCUACAGCAGCUAGUUCUGUUUCCUCCAUUUCUAGUUUACUUGCUACCUCCACGGUAACUGGAACGCCAGUUGCGACUGGGAAGCAGAAACCCUCUGCAGAGGUGACAUCCACUACUUCUGAAACGAAAAUUAACUUAAGUACAUUAAGCACGCAAUCAACUGUUGCCUCAUCAACAGAACUAAAAUCUGUGAAAACUGAGUCAAGCUCAGCUUUGUCAGAUGCCUUGAAAUCGAAAAUAGUCCAGUCACUAAGCACCUCUCCUGCAAUCAAUAGCAGUCAGGCUGAAAAUGUCAGCUUAAUCUCAGCUCCAUCGGAACAAAUCAAGAAGCUGUUAAACGAAGCACCAGCCACAACGUCGUCAGCAUCUCAACUUCCAAUGAAAAACAUCAGCAGCUCUGAACUGUCAAGUUUGAAGAUCAAAGAAAACCCCAACAGUUUAUCUCCAUCUCACUUCAUUCCUCUGUCCUCCAUCAUAACAUCAAAGUCAUCCGAGUCCAUGGUAUCAGGCAGAUUACUGUCAACUUCUGUCAAAUCUACUCCUGUGUCUGGCGAAGAAACGCAGUCUCAAAACGUUCUCCUCAAGCAGCUUUUGCAAAACACAGCCUGUGCUACUCCGACAACUCUGUCCACAAGUUCUAAUACCUCAUUACCAAUAACAAGUGUAAUAGCUCCAACCUGUGCCCCAACUCUGCCUGUCGUGCCUAACCUAGAAGCCCAGUUGGCGUUGCCUGUGCCGCCAACACCAUCAGCACUGAUUCCUCCAAUUUUAACCAAUGAACCGAAGGAGUCCAAAGAAACUCCAGUGGUUACGUCUCAGCAGCAAACAGUUUCUCCGCCGAAGAUAACUUCUUCAGCCAUUACAAAUGCUAUAACAAAGAACAUUUUCCAAUUCGACUCCAAUGAUAACAAAGAUGGGAAAGUGCCUCAAAGGAGACUAUCAUCAGCUUCUAUUGAAGAACAGAAGCCAACUGUAACUCCACCAGCCGCAUCACCUAAAACAACUCCUAUGUCGCAGUCACCAGCGAUGAGCCCCACUCUUGCCAAAAGCACACCCUCAACAACAUCUUUCGGGAGCCCUUUUUCAACCAUCACUUCCUCACCAAUAGUGAUCAAGCAAGAGUGUACUACAUCUGCUCCAACUUGCAGCACCAGCACUCCAAUUUUAGACACUAAACCACCGCUAUCGACUACUUCAACAAGCUCUGGUUCAUUCGAUUCGCCAUCUUGCAUCAAGAAAGAACCCUCAUCUACGCCUAACUCCUUAGCGUCUCCUGUGAAUUCAAGUGGCUUAGUUGUCCCGUCACCGAAAAUGAGUCCCAUGACAGUCGAUGUGAAAAAAGAAGCUGUAUCAUCAGAUGAAAUGAUCUCACCACAACUAUCCAAAUCUCAAGACUCGCUGAACGAUCAAUCCAACAAUUCCUCAGUUGCCUCCUCCACAGAAUCUACCCCUGCAUCUGUUUUAACCAGUGAAGAAUUGAAGAAACUGAAACGGCGUCAAUAUCAGCAGAAAAGAAGACAAAGUCAAGGCAAAGAAGCAAUUGGUGGAACACCUAAGAAAAGGCCAAGAAAAAGCUCAAAGGUGGAAGAAGAUUAUGAUUCUUUUAUUGAUUCUUUGAUGGUGCAACUGAGGACAUUACCACCCAUGACUGUUUUGGAGCCAAAACUCGGCAAUAAUUUCACUGUGUGUCCACUUUUCGGAACUGGAGAUUUGAGCAAAGUUGUCAACAGUUGGAAACCUGGUGAACUGAGAGGAUUAUACGGGAAGGCUUUCAUCCCUGGAGUUAGUGAUUAUUACACCACAGAACCUUUCGGUGAUGAAAUGCCGUUACCGCCUCAGCCUCAACCUUCCACCCAGCGAGGCUUCUACAAUGAAGAAUUUGCACCACUUAAAUUGGAUACUGACUAUGAUGAAAGGAAAGUGGACUUCCUAAUACGAGAAAGAGACAUUGAUACUCCAGAUACAAUCGUAAGUUCAUCCUCACCUGAGUGUAUUAUGCCUGACAAUCCCAUCAGAUUCCCAGGUUUACGUUUGAUCGAUGAGGAUGACUCCGAGGAUGAAGACAAACACCUGCGAAUGCUCAAGAGGAUGUCACCUGUCAUUCCCUACAUUUCGCCUUUCGUCCUCCAUCCCAAACCGCAGCGACCCACUGAUGAUGCGGACAAAGAAAAUCAAGGAACACCCUCGUCAAUUCUGCUGAAAUCGAGACUAUCACCAUCUGCUGGCCCUCUGAAAGACAGCGCAAAUGUAACAGUCACUUUAACAUUAUCAAGUUCAGCAGCAGAAGAUGUGGUUGGAGUGCUGAGAAAUCUAGCAAAUGUUUUGCGGAUACCAGCACCGACCAACUACCGCAUCUCAGAGAGGACAACUACCCCACCUAGUCAUCAGCUGGGUUUAUACAGAACCAAAGGAAAAGAUGGAAAAGAAGGAGCUCCUGUUGACAUCCAGAGUAUUCUAAAUGGCAUGGCCAAAUUCUGCCGUCAUUGCGAUGUUGUGAUAUUAAAUAAUUUGAUUCGUAAAAAAGCGUCAGAAAUGCCAUUUCUACCUCGAGAAGAACAGAACUUGGAGGAGUUGUACUUCUGCAGCACAUCAUGUUACAUGCAACUUGCGUUGCUUCAUCACCCACCCACUAUUCAAAAUGAUAAGGCUGCGAGUAAUGUUAACCAUGUUGGCUCCCAUGUCGUCAGUCCACCAAAGAAAAUGAAACUCGACACGUCUUUGUCCGAUGAUAAGUCUGUGAAAGAUGAUGAAUCGCAGUCUUCAAUGGAUGUGGAUCUAAAGCAACUUGACUCGGCAGAGAAGAAGAAAGAAGAGGACAAGAAAAUUGUGAAAGGUGUCAAGUACCGCAUCUAUACAUCGAACACUCCUCCACCCUUGCCUCGCAAGUACAAAAAACCGAGUGAUAAAGAAAUGACGGAAAUGUUGUUCCGAGCGGGUAUAACUGUGAUGCCUCCCAAAUUACCAGAUGACACCAGAACUUGCCUGUUUUGUCAUCAAAUCGGAGACGGCGUUGCUGAUGGUCCCUCAAGGUUGUUAAAUUUUGAUGUUGACAAAUGGGUGCAUUUGAACUGUGCCCUGUGGUCGGAUGAAGUUUAUGAAACCGUCAAUGGAGCAUUGAUGAACGUAGAAAAAGCUUUGCAGGACAGUCUCACUGUUAACUGUAGUGUUUGUCAUCGGACAGGAGCAACUCUGAAGUGUUACAAGCUGCGAUGUUCGUCAGUGUUUCAUCUAAGCUGCGCCGUCAAGGACGAGUGUGUUUUUUACAAGAACAAGACUUUAUAUUGUGCAAUACAUGUACCAAAGAGCGAGAAAGAAAACGAGCUAACAACCUUGGCUGUCUACCGUCGAGUGUAUAUCAAUCGCAAUGAGGAUCGACAAGUGGCAGCCAUAAUGCACCAUACAGAGCAUACCAACCUCUUGCGUGUCGGAAGCUUGAUUUUUCUCAGCGUCGGUCAACUGCUUCCACACCAACUCCAAGCAUUCCACACACCCAACUACAUCUAUCCCAUUGGAUACAAAAUCAUUCGUUUUUACUGGAGUAUGAGAGUUGCGAACAAGAGAUGCAAGUACAUCUGCUCCAUCCAUGAUGCCGCUGGGCGACCAGAGUUUCGUGUGCUCGUGCAAGAACCUGGACAAGACGAUAUUGAGCUCAGAGACUCUUCUCCGCGCAAUGUGUGGACUCGAAUCCUGGAACCACUUCAAGCUCUGAGGAAAAGCAACAAUGCUGUCCAAAUAUUCCCUCGUUAUGUGAGCGGAGAAGAUCUCUUUGGCUUGACUGAACCUGCCAUUGUUAGGAUAUUGGAGAGUUUGCCAGGCAUCGAAACACUAACAACUUACAAAUGCAAAUAUGGCCGAAACCCUCUCUUAGAACUGCCCCUGGCAAUCAAUCCAUCUGGGGCAGCUAGAUCUGAGCCUAAACCUAGGGGUCUAUCACACUUCAAGCGACCCCACACGCAGAGAACUGGAGCUCAUAGACCUGCGUUCACACCCACUUCCAUCACAGGGGAAGCUGCGUGCCCUUACUCAAAGCAGUUUGUACAUUCCAAAUCCUCGCAGUACAGAAAAAUGAAACAGGAGUGGAGAAAUAAUGUCUAUGUUGCAAGAUCUAAAAUCCAAGGACUGGGUCUGUAUGCUGCCAGAGAUCUAGAAAGACAUACCAUGGUCAUUGAAUACAUAGGUGAACUCAUCAGAUCAGAACUAGCUGAUUUCAGAGAAAAGCAGUAUGAAGCUAAAAACCGUGGAAUUUACAUGUUCCGACUGGACGAAGAAAGAGUUGUUGAUGCAACGUUGUCUGGUGGUUUGGCGCGCUACAUCAACCACUCUUGCAAUCCCAAUUGUAUCACAGAAAAAGUAGAAGUUGACCGUGACUUGCGCAUCAUUAUUUUUGCCAAACGAAGGAUAAAUCGAGGAGAGGAGCUGGCGUAUGACUAUCAAUUUGAUAUCGAGGAUGAUCAGCACAAAAUUCCAUGCAUGUGCGGUGCUCCUAACUGUCGAAAAUGGAUGAAUUAAUUCAUGAGUUCUACUUUUAGUAUACCAGAUUAUUGUUAACACUUCGUUGAAUCUAUCUCUGUAAUUUUGCCCUGUAUUUUCCGCAAUGCUAGAGGCUUGUAGAUAAUUUUAUUUUCCUUCUCUCACUGUUUUAUACUUAAGAGAAAUUAUAGUUAAGCGAGAGAAAUGGAAGCAGGACUCCUUGUACAUUAUUUAUAUAUUUAGUAGAUUCUCAUCUCAUUCCCAUCCUGCUCUCUCUCUGUACAUAGGUAAAGAAGUAUUUUAUUUUGACUCUACCAUUGGGUUUACAUAAAAAAAUUGUUCGAUCAAUGAUUUGAUGUAAGUGCAAACAAACGACCGUUUCCUACACUACUCUUCGUUAAUUUUAAGAUUUCACUCUUUCAUGCAGAUUGUUAGGCAUCUGUAAAGAAGUGCUUCUUCAAACAAUCUAUAUAUAUAUUUGUUCCCCCGCCCUUUUUUAUCUAGUUGUAAUAUAUUGUUAUUGAAGUAGAUAAUUCUUUUGAAAUUUUGAUAAUUGUUAAUGUUUCAAUAUUUUAUUUGCAAAUAUUGGAUUUUUUAGUAUUUUAUCGGUUCUUGUAGAAUUGUAAAUGUAAAAUGUUUGUGGCUCCCUUUUUUAUUAUCAAUGUUGUCUUAGGUUUUGUGAUUAUUUUUUUCCAAAUGAUUUUCUUUUUUAAGACUCAAGUCUAAUUGUAAUUAGCGGACCCUGAAAGUGGUUCUUUUCUUUUAAAAGGAAACUCUGCGGGUCAGUUUUUUUUUCCUCAAAGUUUUUGUCUAGCCUUCAUUUGUGGCCUUGAUUGACAAGUCUUACUGAGUAGAAAAUUAGCUAUGGCAAAAGCUCAGAAGUAUUUUCAGUGAUCGACCUGAAAACCAACGUUACUGAAUCACAAUCAGAAAUUAUUGAUAUUAUUCCCACCUGUCAGCCUUAAGUUGGAUUAUCUUUGCGUCUAGUGGUGUCGGUUGACAGUCACCGUGAUCUCUACCGUGCUGGCAUUGCUCAAGCCGAAAAAAUCGGAAACUGUAGUCACUAUUGCUGGGCCAAGCUGCAACCGAAAGGCCUUAACAAAGUCGCAGUCAUUAAGUAACUUGAUUAGGUUGUAGUGCCUCAUGAGUGUUAUAGUGCCAUAGUGGCACUUGGUGACAUAGAAGAAUGACCUCCCCCUGUGUGCUCAGUAUGGAAACAAACUGUGCCCUCUGAAUCAAACCAAAUAUUUUUAACUUGUCUUAAUUAGGUAGUUUAAGUUUGAUCCCCAAACUUUUAGAUAUCUCUUGGAUUCAGUUCAAUCUACUUCUUUUUUCGAAUCCCCGAUCAUUUUUGAAUUUAAGGGAGUAAUCAAAAUUUGUAAAGAGAUUCGAUCAGUUGGUGUUAAUUUGUGUCGUUCUGGUUCAUGUUUUUUCCAAUGAUGUAUACAGUAUACUUAAAUGUGAUAGUAAGAAAUAUUGAUGUUUUUUCUUCAAUUAUUUCAUUUCCUGAAUGGUAAUUUAGGGGUUGCUGUGAACAAAUCGUCUAAAAAUCUUAACUGCCUGCUAUUCGGGAGUGGACGAUAGACUCUCAAAAAAUUUCAGAAAUUCUAGGAAAUAAGGUGUUUCAUUUGUUAAUGAAGAGAAAAAUCCAACUGUGUUCAUCGUGUCAGAACUUCAGAGAGUGAAGCUUUCAUUUCAUAUUUUUUUUCAGUAGCUAGAAAAUUCUUUCGCUUUUCUUCCCCGAAAGUAAGGUGGUUAUCAGUCCAUCUUCAUGUGGAAGAACACAACUAAAUGUUAAUUUAAAAAGUUUUGAGCAAAAAUAACUGCUUUUGUAAUACUAUUAGGCUAGUUGCUUAUUGCUAAAUCCUACUUUGUUGGUUUGAUUUUUAAGAUUACCAUCCAGCAAAGAGAAACAAGAUCUCUUCAGAUUUGAAGUUUUUAAAUUCAGUAUUUACAGUGCUAUCACUUUUUGAGAAACGUGGUAAAUGAUAUCCUCCUCCGCACCAGUACACGGCAUAAUUUUGUAGUUCAAAGUUACAUUCAUUGCCUCAUGUGUUGCAUUGGUCUAGUGAGACCAAACAGAAAGUAUGACGUCAAAAACUAGAAAAUGGUAUCUACUUUUCAAAGUGCAAUUCCUCUGAAUAGCAACAGGGAAAUUCGAGGGUUGUACUGAUCCUUUUUUCAAGACUCUAACAUGUUAGUAGUCACUAGCACGUGUAUAAUCGUAAUUAGCAGGCACACAGUUUGUAUUAAGACACCAUCCUCAAUUUUCAGGGAUAAUCUUCGAAUUGAAAUUAAUUUUUCUAACUCUGAAACAAUCUCAUGUAUGUUAAUGAAAGCUUCAUAAUUAAGAUUUUUUUCUAUUUGCAACUUAUGGAACAGCACCUUUGGACGUCUUUUGACGUGUAGUGAGUUCGUAAGAGUGACAAAACUGCUUCAAGCAGUGUCAGCAGAUGUGUAUUACUUACUCUGUUUUUAACUAGGUUUCUAAUUUUUCAUAUCUUAGAGAGUUUUUGAAAAUGAAGACUAAGUUAUUAUUAAACUUUGUGGUAGACCCUGUUGAUUAGGUGAAUUCAUUUUAGAGAAAUUGUCAUUUUAAAUUUGAAUUAAUUUUAGAAAAUUUAUUGAAAAAUUAAAAGCAUCAAAAAGUUCUCCAUGAACAGAAGUAAUUGAUUCUGAGGUUGGUCUUCGAAUGAAAAUUUAAUCGAAUAUCUGUUCAGAACUGAAACUUAAUUUGAAAAUAGUCGUUAAGACUUUCCAAAUGUUUGUCCUACAAAAUUGAAGUAGCCCUAGGUAGCUCUAAUCUUGUGGACUCCUUUCGAAUCGUCUUUAGAUUGCAAAUGGAUCCUCUCUAAACUAACAGACCAAGACUGUAUCCUUUAAGCGAAUUUUCAGCAGACUUAUUGUUAGCCGAACAUCAAAGUAUCAAAACUUUUUUACUGAAAUACUGGGUUUGACUUAAAUUUUUACAAAAUAAUUGAUCCAUUUUAUCCCAUGACAUGUGCCAGUUUUUCCAUUUCAGUAAUUCUGCCUUAAAAUAAAAAAUACUCAUAUGCAGAUUUUACGGUUCAGUUGGUAUAUUUUAAGUGUGAAUGUUGAAUUCCACGAUUUUCCUUUUUCGAGAAAUUAUUUAAAAUAAAUGCAACUGAAAUUGCUCUUGGAUUCAAUUACUUUACUUUUUACUGAAAAUUAAACUUUCCAUCUGUAGUUAGACAAAACAUGCUAAUGUUUUGAAGUUUGCUUUUGUCCUUCUGAAGAUCUGCUGUAACACGGAGAAAUAAAUUCCCUUCCCUCCUUACUACAGCAUUGAAACUAAUUUUGAUUCACUGUGUAUUAUUAUAAUACUUGGAUUUGAUUAAUGGCUUUUAUUCCUAAUUGAAAUUAUAAUGAUAGCAGCCUUUCAUCAUAUAAUGCACUGUGAGUUCAAUCUCUAUUUUCUACAAUCGCUUUUAUUUUGUGUACAAGUUAACCCAAUUUUAUUUCAUGGUAAUUUUACUCACUUCUUUUUUUUUCUUGCACUUGCAUGAAUCAGUGUAAAAGGAUACUUAUCUGAUCAUAGUUAUCUUUAAACCUUGCAUAGUGAACAGAAUAAUGGUUAUUAUUCCACAAUUUAUUUUUCCUAGUAUUUUUUUUCUCGGUAGGUGAGGUUCUUUUUUUUAUCCAUCUAUGGGCAGGGUUUCUCUCUAUGUUUUGUUAAUUAUUUUGCUCCUUGGUUGUACCUCUACAAAGAUACCUGGAACAAGAUGUUUUUAGGAAAUGUUUGAUGUGUUUUAUAUGUUACAAAUGUGGUCUUGUCGUGUAAAGUGGAAAGUUACAAAUUUUUGAAUUACCAUUUAAGAGCCAUAAUCUCUCUGGUUUUUCUUUUUUUCCUUUUUUUUCUUUACUUAUUGUGUUUAUGUUGCAUCUUCUAUUCUUUAUAACUUGUUUUAUUUUGUGAUUUUUUUGUAAAUACGAGUGUACAUUUGUGCAAAAAUAAUGUUGUCUAGAAUCAAUUAUUUUUACAUGUUUCGUUAUCGUCUUUAUACUUUCAAUUUGACCUCAUUCAAAUUGAGUAUUGUAAAAUUGAUUUAAUCAGACCUUAAAUGAUCUAUAGGUUCUCUGAAUCUAUCUUAAUUGUUUUAUUUUCAAAAUUUCUUCUAGACUAUUUUUGGCAUUAUACCAACUGUUCUUAUUUUUUGUCAUAGAAAGUUGCGUAAAUCAAGAGAACUUAAUUGAAGUCAAAUCAAGGGCGCCCUCAUCCUCAAUUAGGGUAGUUUUAGAUCAUUUUUUACUUGACUGGGCAGCAAGUUGAUCUUGGACCUAAAAUAAAGUCGGAUGAGAAGUCUUGAAAAUAUGAUCCUUCUGUUCUCAUCUCCUCUUUCCAAGCUUCAUUUUUCAAUUUGUUUUCUUUUCUUUCCCCUGUUUUUUAAAAUUCUAUUUCUGUAGAAUCAAAAGUAAAGCUGCCUAAGGAAAUCUCUCAUCAAGUUUCACUACUCGCAUCAAAUGGCAGUCACUUUGGAAAAUCGUUAAUCAAACAUGUUGACCGCAUUUAUAACAUUGAAUACCUGAGGGUGCAAAUGUACUGUAAGUUAAAAUUUGUACAAUUUAGUCUGUAAAAAUGUAUUUACAUAAUUAUAUUUUUAAGUUUAGUAUUACUCCAAGAGUAAAGUGAGAUCUAGUAAUUCUUCUGUUUUAAGUAUAUGCAAGUAAGUGUAAGUAAAUUUGUAUGAUAUACUGA